ACAGCUCAUAAAAUUGCAAAAAUGUUAAGCUCAGUGAUUAAACUUUGCUUUUUAGUAGUUUUUGCUAAUUUAUUAAAUAAAAUCAAUUGCGUGUCAAUCACUUACGCCCCGACUGUUAACACAACGGCCGGUAAAGUAAGGGGUAUUGUGAAGGACUUGGAUGACGGCACCCAACUAUACCUAUACGAUGGAAUUCCUUAUGGUGAAGCCCCUGUGGGUCAUUUGCGUUUUUCAAAGCCCGUCCCAAAGUCUAGUUGGAUGGGAGUAUACGAUGCCGUUAAAUAUCGUUACUCGUGCAUUCAGCCUGAUAAAUUAGAGCCCGAUAACAACAUUCCCGAAGAGUCGUAUCACAGCGAAGACUGUCUAUUCCUGAGCGUAUGGGCGCCUAAGGACUCCCUCCCGGACGGCAAGAAGAGAGCCGUAUUGUAUUGGAUAUACGGAGGAGGCUUUGAAACCGGAACCAUAUUCUCGUUGGCCAAUGAUGUGAGAUAUUUGGCGGCUUUGGGUGAUGUGAUUGUAGUGACAGUGAACUACCGGUUAGGCCCCUGGGGUUUCAUGUAUGCCGGCACCGAAGACGCAUCUGGCAAUAUGGGUCUAUACGACCAAUUGCUUGGACUUAAAUGGGUUAACAAUAAUAUCGAUAGGUUUGGCGGCGAUCCCAAGUCUAUAACAAUUUUUGGUAAUUCAAUACAAUUUCUAGUCAUUAAAUUCAAUGUUGAUAAGAAAGUACUACAAAAUCAGUUCAAAUGUUAUCAAUCAAUAACACUAAUUAAUGUAAAAUACCUCUACUGUUAUUCAGGUGGUAUGUCUGUCGGAGCCCACGUGUUAUCACCCCUUUCCCGGGGUUUGUAUAGGCGGGCAGUCCUACAAUCGGGUGCUGUCAACUCAUACCUGGGCAGUGAAACUAAGGAGAAAAGCUAUGUCAAGACCCUGUAUUUGGCUGAGAAGUUGAACUGCAGCACAGCCUCGGGCGCAGACAUUGUCGCCUGUCUUAAGCUUAAGACAACUGAACAGAUUUUGAACGUCUCGAAGACCGCCCGAAAGGAUAAAAAGAGCUUUGAAACCGGAACCAUAUUCUCGUUGGCCAAUGAUGUGAGAUAUUUGGCGGCUUUGGGUGAUGUGAUUGUAGUGACAGUGAACUACCGGUUAGGCCCCUGGGGUUUCAUGUAUGCCGGCACCGAAGACGCGUCUGGAAAUAUGGGUCUAUACGACCAAUUGCUUGGACUUAAAUGGGUUAACAAUAAUAUCGAUAGGUUUGGCGGCGAUCCCAAGUCUAUAACAAUUUUUGGUGAAUCUGCAGGUGGUAUGUCUGUCGGAGCCCACGUCUUAUCACCCCUUUCCCGGGGUUUGUAUAGGCGGGCAGUCCUACAAUCGGGUGCUGUCAACUCAUACCUGGGCAGUGAAACUAAAGAGCAAAGCUAUGUCAAGACCUACAUAAACCGACUCUUCAACUUGACGUCGUGUCGGAGCCCGCGUCUCUUCUGGCGGGCUUUCCUAUUUUUCUCAAAUCAGCCCAUUUGGGACGAAGAACUGAUUCCAAUUGAUCCUAAACUCGCUCUAAUAAACGGUGACUUUAAUCAAGAAAUAGAUCUCAUGUUUGGCACAGUUAGCCAAGAGGGGGCUCUCUUUGUGGAGGACCUGUUCCGCGACAAACUUAACCCCGAUAUUGUUAAGCCGCCCAUAAAUGUUACCAUCGCUUCCCAGUUGAUUGGCUUCUUAUAUAUGGUGUUUGGGGAGACAUAUGGCAAACAAGUGGCAGAUUUCUACCUCAAAGGAGUCAAAGACACCGAUUACGACAAAUUAAGACAAGCGGUUGGCUAUGGUUUUGGUGAUUAUGUUAUCGCUUGUCCCACAAUUAUAUUUGGCGAACAAUUUGCAAAACACAGCAAAAACAAUAAAGUGUACGCUUUCCGCAUGACAUUUCCGCCGGCCAUACCGGUGUUCCCGGAGUGUCGGGGAUGGAUGGGUGUCUGUCACGGCGAUGAUGUGCUCAUGUUAUUUGGUUUCCCACUUAAACUCAGAGGCAUUACGUUUACCGAAAACGACGCCAAACUAAGUCUGGAUAUGAUUAAGACGUGGUCAACGUUUGCGCGAACCGGAUCUCCGCCACAAUUGGGUGCCGACAAAUGGGAGGAAGCGAUUGACAGAAGUGUCGCCGAUUCGUACGUAAAAUACAUGGAUUUGAAUCCUAAGACCAACUAUCCAUCUCCGCCACAAUUGGGUGCCGACAAAUGGGAGGAAGCGAUUGACAGAAGUGUCGCCGAUUCGUACGUAAAAUACAUGGAUUUGAAUCCUAAGACCAACUAUCCGUUGGUAUCUGACGGAUAUAAAGAGUCGUGCGAAGGAUUUUGGGCCAAAACUUGGGGCUAUAAAAAUAAUCCAAAUCCUUGGUUAGUGAAUGCGGGGUUAACAAUUGUGUUGGCGGCCAUUUCAUUCCCCAUAACACUUCCUGAACCUACUGCCGUGGCUGAACCCCCUCUGGGAAACCUUCGCUUCUCAAAGCCCGUCCCAAAGUCUAGUUGGACGGGAGUAUACGAUGCCGUCAAAUACCGCAACACAUGUAUACAACCCGACAAUUUACAGCCCGAUAACAACAUUCCCGAAGAGUCGUAUCACAGCGAAGACUGUCUAUUUUUGAGCGUAUGGGCGCCUAAGGACCCCCUCCCCGAUGGCAUCUUCUCUAGCCACAACAUGACCAAGAUACCGCCUCCGAAACUUUGGCCCUGGUAUAAAAGACAACGCCCCUGGGGUUUCAUGUAUGCCGGCACCGAAGACGCGGCAGGAAAUAUGGGUCUUUACGACCAAUUGCUUGGACUUAAAUGGGUUAAUAAGAAUAUCGAUAGGUUUGGCGGCGAUCCCAAGUCUAUAACCAUUUUUGGUGAAUCUGCAGGUGGUAUGUCUGUCGGAGCCCAUGUCUUAUCACCCCUUUCCCAUGGUUUGUAUAGAAGGGCUAUUAUGCAAUCGGGUUCUCCCAACUCAUACCUGGGCAGUGAAUCCAAAGAGAAAGGCUACGCAAAGACACUUCAUUUAGCCACAAAACUCAACUGCAGCACCGCCUCGGGUGCGGACAUUGUCGCCUGUCUUAAGCUCAAGACAACUGAACAGAUUUUAAACAUUUCAAAAAUCGCACGAUUAGAUUCGGCCACUUUUGAGCCCAUUUGGGGCGAAGAACUGAUGCCAAUUGAUCCGAAACUCGCGCUACAAAACGGAGACUUUAAUAAAGAAAUAGAUCUCAUGUUUGGCACAGUUAGCGAAGAGGGGGCCCUCUUUGUGGAGGCCCUGUUCCGCGACAAACUAAACCCCGAUAUAGUGAACCCGCCUAUUAAUGUAACCAUAUCUCAUCAAAUCAUUCAGUUUAUGUAUAUGGCGUUCAAGGAGUCGAUGCAAAUGGGAGGAGUUGUCGCCGAUUUCUACCUUAAAGGACUCAAAGACAACGAUUUUGACAAAUUGAGACAAGCGAUCGGUUAUGGGUUCGGCGAUUAUCAUCUCACGUGUCCCACUGUGCUGUUUGGCCAGGAGUUUGCCAGACACAGCACCGGCAAUAAAGUGUACGCUUUUCGUCAGACAUUCCCGCCGGCGAUACCGGUGUUCCCGGAGUGUCGGGGAUGGAUGGGUGUCUGUCACGGCGACGAUGUCAUGAUGUUAUUUGGUUUCCCACUUAAACUCAAAGGCAUUACUUUUACCGACAAUGACGUUAAACUGAGUUUGGAUAUGAUUAAGACGUGGUCAACGUUUGCGCGCACCGGAUCUCCGCCACAAUUAGGUGCCGACAAAUGGGAGGAAGCGGUUGAUAGAAAAGUUGCUGACUCUCACGUAAAGUACAUGGAUUUGAAUCCAAAGUCAAACUAUCCGUUGGUCACCGAUUACUAUAAGGAGUCGUGCGAAGACUUUUGGGCCAAAACUUGGGCGGCGGCCGCUUCUGUUGCGGGCUCUGCGGCGGCUUCAGCAGCGGGUGCGUCAGUAGCAGCGGCUGGUUCUGCAGCAGCGGGCGGAUCAGCUCCAACGGGUGGAGCGUCAGCGGCAGCUGCGGGUGGACUCGCAUUAGCGUCGGCCGCGGCGGCCGGUGGCGCGGCCGACACCGCGGCUCCGAUCUCCAAACUGCCAUCGGGUGCGGGCGUGCCUUCAGUGCCAACAGUGAAACCCUCGGCCGCGGGCGACAGCGGCGAUGGUGUCUUCGCUGGAACAGAAGUCUUCGGUGUGCGGAUUGGGAUCCGUUACGCACAUCUGCGGACACUCUUCAUAGAGGAUACCCUUUUUGUGUGUGGGGUCGCAGUAGUAGAGGAAGUGUGCGUUACAGUCUUUGGCGCCGCAGUUGUGCAGUUUGGCGCCGCACCGCAAACCCUCGCCAUCGCAACACUCGCAGUACUGGUGUUUGGUCUCGUGUUUGGCGUCGGCCCCGGCCUCAGCGCCACCGCCCGCAGUCUCCGCCACGGCUUCAGCCUUGUCUGCCGCCGCCUCACCCGCAGGCGCUUUAGCGGCCGCUUGAAGUGUAUUAUCGUCGUCUCUUUCCAUAGUAUCCACGCCUCCGUCCCCUCUUCCUCCCUCAACGUC